AUGCUGGGAGCAACUCGCCUGGCCGGUGGGGGUGCUGGGAGCAACUCGCCUGGCCGGUGGGGGUGCUGGGAGCAACUCACUUGGCUGGUGGGGGUGCUGGGAGCAACUCACCUGGCUGGUGGGGGUGCUGGGAGCAACUCACCUGGCUGGUGGGGGUGCUGGGAGCAAAUCACCUGGCUGGUGGGGGUGCUAGGAGCAACUCACCUGGCUGGUGGGGGUGCUGGGAGCAACUCCCCUAGCUGGUGGGGGUGCUGGGAGCAACUCACCUGGCUGGUGGGGGUGCUGGGAGCAACUCACCUGGCUGGUGGGGGUGCUGGGAGCAACUCGCCUGGCUGGUGGGGGUGCUGGGAGCAACUCACCUGGCCGGUGGGGGUGCUGGGAGCAACUCACCUGGCUGGUCAGGGUGCUGGGAGCAACUCACCUGGCUGGUGGGGAUGCUGGGAGCAACUCACUUGGCUGGUGGGGGUGCUAGGAGCAACUCACCUGGCUGGGGUGCUGGGAGCAACUCACCUGGCUGGUGGGGGUGCUGGGAGCAACUCAACUGGCUGGUGGGGGUGCUGGAAGCAACUCAACUGGUUGGUGUGGGUGCUGGGAGCAACUCAACUGGCUGGUGGGGGUGCUGGGAGCAACUCGCCUGGCUGGUGGGGGUGCUGGGAGCAACUCGCCUGGCUGGUGAGGGUGCUGGGAGCAACUCGCCUGGCUGGUGGGGGUGCUGGGAGCAACUCGCCUGGCUGGUGGGGGUGCUGGGAGCAACUCGCCUGGCUGGUGGGGGUGCAAGGAGCAACUCGCUUGGCUAGUGGGGGUGCUGGGAGCAACUCACCUGGCUGGUCGGGGUGCUCGGAGCAACUCGCCUGGCUGGUGGGGGUGCUGGGAGAAACUCGCCUGGCUGGUGGGGGUGCUGGGAGCAACUCACCUGUUUGUGCUGGGAGCAACUCGCCUGGCUGGCGGGGGUGCUGGGAGCAACUCGCCUCGCUGGUGGGGGUGCUGGGAGCAACUCGCCUGGCUAGUGGGGGUGCUGGGAGCAACUCACCUGGCUGGUGGGGGUGCUGGGAGCAACUCACCUGGCUGGUGGGGGUGCUGGGAGCAACUCACCUGGCUGGUGAAGGUGCUGGGAGCAACUCACCUGGCUGGUGGGGGUGCUGGGAGCAACUCACCUGGCUGGUGGGGGUGCUAGGAGCAACUCACCUGGCUGGUGGGGAUGCUGGGAGCAACUCGCCUGGCUGGUGGGGGUGCUGGGAGCAACUCGCCUGGCUGGAGGGGGUGCUGGGAGCAACUCGCCUGGCUGGUGGGGAUGCUAUGAGCAACUCACCUGGCUGGUGGGAGUGCUGGGAGCAACUCGCCUGGUGCUGGGAGCAACUCACCUGGCUGGUGGGGGUGCUGGGAGCAACUCACCUGGCUGGUGGGGGUGCUAGGAGCAACUCACCUGGCUGGUGGGGAUGCUGGGAGCAACUCGCCUGGCUGGUGGGGGUGCUGGGAGCAACUCGCCUGGCUGGAGGGGGUGCUGGGAGCAACUCGCCUGGCUGGUGGGGAUGCUAUGAGCAACUCACCUGGCUGGUGGGAGUGCUGGGAGCAACUCGCCUGGCUGGCGGGGGUGCUGGGAGCAACUCGCCUCGCUGGUGGGGGUGCUGGGAGCAACUCGCCUGGCUAGUGGGGGUGCUGGGAGCAACUCACCUGGCUGGUGGGGGUGCUGGGAGCAACUCACCUGGCUGGUGGGGGUGCUGGGAGCAACUCACCUGGCUGGUGAAAGUGCUGGGAGCAACUCACCUGGCUGCAACUCGCCUGGCUGGUGGGGGUGCUGGGAGCAACUCGCCUGGCUGGUGGGGGUGCUGGGAGCAACUGACCUGGCUGGUGGGGGUGCCGGGAGCAACUCACCUGGCUGGUGGGGGUACUGGGAGCAACUCACCUAGCUGGUGGGGGUGCUGGGAGCAACUCACCUGGCUGGUGGGGGUGCUUGGAGCAACUCACCUGGCUGGUGGGGGUGCUGGGAGCAAAUCAACUGGCUGGUGGGGGUGCUGGGAGCAACUCAACUGGCUGGUGGGGGUGCUGGGAGCAACUCGCCUGGCUGGUGGGGGCGCUGGGAGCAACUCGCCUGGCUGGUGGGAGUGCUGGGAGCAACUCACCUGGCUGGUGGGGGUGCUGGGAGCAACUCACCUGGCUGGUGGGGGUGCUGGGAGCAACUCAACUGGCUGGUGGGGGUGCUGGAAGCAACUCAACUGGUUGGUGUGGGUGCUGGGAGCAACUCAACUGGCUGGUGGGGGUGGUGGGAGCAACUCGCCUGGCUGCUGGGAGCAACUCACCUGGCUGGUGGGGGUGCUGGGACCAACUCACCUGGUUGGAGGGGAUGCUAGGAGCAACUCGCCUGGCUGGUGGGGUUGCUGGGAACAACUCACCUGGCUGGUGGGGGUGCUGGGAGCAACUCACCUGGCUGGUGGGGGUGUUGGGAGCAACUCACUUGGCUGGUGGGGGUGCUGGGAGCAACUCACCUGGCUGGUGGGGGUGCUGGGAGCAACUCAACUGGCUGGUGGGGGUGCUGGGAGCAACUCGCCUGGCUGGUGGGGGCGCUGGGAGCAACUCGCCUGGCUGGUGGGAGUGCUGGGAGCAACUCACCUGGCUGGUGGGGGUGCUGGGAGCAACUCACCUGGCUGGUGGGGGUGCUGGGAGCAACUCAACUGGCUGGUGGGGGUGCUGGAAGCAACUCAACUGGUUGGUGUGGGUGCUGGGAGCAACUCAACUGGCUGGUGGGGGUGCUGGGAGCAACUCGCCUGGCUGGUGGGGGUGCUGGGAGCAACUCGCCUGGCUGGUGAGGGUGCUGGGAGCAACUCUCCUGGCUGGUGGGGGUGCUGGGAGCAACUCGCCUGGCUGGUGGGGGUGCUGGGAGCAACUCGCCUGGCUGGUGGGGGUGCUGGGAGCAACUCGCCUGGCUGGUGGGGGUGCUGGGAGCAACUCGCCUGGCCGGUGGGGGUGCUGGGAGCAACUCACCUGGCUGGUGGGGGAGCUGGGAGCAACUCACCUGGCUGGUGGGGGUGCUGGGAGCAACUCACCUGGUUGGAGGGGAUGCUAGGAGCAACUCACCUGGCUGGUGGGGGUGCUAGGAGCAACUCACCUGGCUGGUGGGGAUGCUGGGAGCAACUCGCCUGGCUGGUGGGGGUGCUGGGAGCAACUCGCCUGGCUGGAGGGGGUGCUGGGAGCAACUCGCCUGGCUGGUGGGGAUGCUAUGAGCAACUCACCUGGCUGGUGGGAGUGCAGGGAGCAACUCGCCUGGCUGGCGGGGGUGCUGGGAGCAACUCGCCUCGCUGGUGGGGGUGCUGGGAGCAACUCGCCUGGCUAGUGGGGGUGCUGGGAGCAACUCACCUGGCUGGUGGGGGUGCUGGGAGCAACUCACCUGGCUGGUGGGGGUGCUGGGAGCAACUCACCUGGCUGGUGAAGGUGCUGGGAGCAACUCACCUGGCUGCAACUCGCCUGGCUGGUGGGGGUGCUGGGAGCAACUCGCCUGGCUGGUGGGGGUGCUGGGAGCAACUGACCUGGCUGGUGGGGGUGCCGGGAGCAACUCACCUGGCUGGUGGGGGUACUGGGAGCAACUCACCUAGCUGGUGGGGGUGCUGGGAGCAACUCACCUGGCUGGUGGGGGUGCUGGGAGCAACUCACCUGGCUGGUGGGGAUGCUGGGAGCAACUCGCCUGGCUGGUGGGGGUGCUGGGAGCAACUCGCCUGGCUGGAGGGGGUGCUGGGAGCAACUCGCCUGGCUGGUGGGGAUGCUAUGAGCAACUCACCUGGCUGGUGGGAGUGCUGGGAGCAACUCGCCUGGCUGGCGGGGGUGCUGGGAGCAACUCGCCUCGCUGGUGGGGGUGCUGGGAGCAACUCGCCUGGCUAG